AUGAGUCGGCAACUGAACAUCAAGUCUGGUGGUGACAAGGGUGGCUUCAGUGGGCACUCGGUGGUGGUGCCGAGGAAGGCUGUGGGCAGUGCGGCUUCUCACUGUGCAGCUGGCAAAGGAGCUGGGGCUGGCUUCGGCAGCCGAAGCCUCUGCAGUCUUGGGGGGAAUCGGUGUAUUUCCCUCAGCGUGGCUGGCGAUCGUGUUCAGACUGGAGGUUACAUCUUUCGGCUUGACUGUGUGUAUGGAGGGGGCCAGGCCAGUGGUUUUGCUGGCAGCAUGUUUGGCAGUGUGGCCCUGGGGCCCAUGUGCGUGGCUGCGUGCCUGCCUGGCGGCAUCCACCAGGUCACCGUCAACAAGAGCCUCCUGGCCCCCCUCAACAUGGAGCUGGACCCCGAGAUCCAGAAGGUACGCACCCAAGAGUGGGAGCAGAUCAAGGCUCUGAACAACAGGUUCGCCUCCUUCAUUGACAAGGUGUGGUGCCUGGAGCAGCAGAACCAGGUGCUGGAGACCAAGUGGCAGCUGCUGCAGCAGCUGGACCUGAACAACUGUAAGAACAAUCUGGGGCCCAUCCUCGAGGGCUACAUCAGCAACCUGUGCAAGCAGCUGGAGACGCUGUCUGGGGAGCAGGUGAGGCUGGACUUGGAGCCGAGGAGCAUUCGGGACGAGGUGGAGGACUACAAGAAGAGGUAUGAGGUGGAGAUUAAUCGGCCCACAGCAGCUGAGAAUGAGUUUGUGGUGCUCAAGAAGGAUGCAGAUGCAGCCUACACGGUCAAGGUGGAGCUCCAGGCCAAAGUGGACUCUCUGGACAAAGAUAUCAAGUUCCUCAAGUGUCUGUACAACGCGGAGAUGGCCCGGAUCCAGGCUCAUACCAGCGAGACCUCUGUGAUCCUGUCCACGGACAACAACCGCAACCUGGACCUGGACAGCAUCAUCCCUGAGGUCUGGGCCCAGAACGAGGAGAUCGCCCUGAAGAGCAAGGCGGAGGCCGAGGCGCUGCACCAGAGCAAGAUCCAGGAACUGCAGCUGGCAGCUGGCCGGCAUGGGGACGACCUCAAACACACCAGGAACGAGAUGUUGGAACUGAACCGGCUCAUCCAGAGGCUCUGCUGUGAGACUGCAAGCGUGAAGAAGCAGUGUGCCAACCUGGAGACAGCCAUUGGCAAUGCUGAGCAGCGCGGGGACGAUGCCCUGAAGGAUGCCCGGGCCAAGCUGGACGAGCUGGAGGCUGCCCUGCACCGGGCCAAAGAGGAGCUGGCCCGGAUGCUGCGAGAGUACCAGGAGCUCAUGAGCUUGAAGCUGGCCCUGGACAUGGAGAUCGCCACCUACCGCAAGCUGCUGGAGGGCUAAGAGUGCUGGAUGUCUGGUGAGAAUCCCUCCUCUGUGAGCAUCUCCAUCAGCAGCAGCAGUGCAAAUGGCUUUGGCUACCACCCUGGCUCCUCGGCCAGCGCUGACCUCGGGGCCAGCACCGUGGCCGGCAGCUCCAGCAGUGCCCGAAGCGGGCAGAGCAGGGCCAAAGGGGCACGAGUGGGAAACCCCAAGGACUCCCAAGGCAAGAGCGCCCCAGUCAGUGGCCCAGCCAGGAAAGCCGCCCGGUAA